CCAAUGGAAGACAAAAAGAAACUCAAGUUGAAGAAGUCUAAGAAAAGAGACAACUCUUCCAUCCUUUCAGAGGAGCUGAAACAAGCCUUAGGUGGAACAGCCGAUAUUAUUGUCGAUAACAAGGUUUCCAGAGAGGAGAAAAGAAGAAAGAAGAUGAAAGAGGAGAAAUUGGCAAAGAAAGCAGAACAAAAAGGAAAGCGUGCGAAAAAGCGCGAGGAACUGGAAAAAAAGAAGCAAAUGAAGAUUCUUCACGAUAAAAUGCUGGAGGAGAUUCAAAAGAAGCAGUUGAAUUCAGCAGAAUUGAGUGUCUUCACGCCUACGGGAGCAUUGGGAAAGAAAGCAACCAAAAAGGAGCGAGUCAAGCAAGCGUUUUACAAGGAAAAGCUGGGUAUGAAGCUUAACGAAGAGGAAGAUGCGAUUCUCCAUGUUAGAAUUGAGAAACCUGAAGAUAACCCCGAUACAAAGGAGGAGCACGAAGAAGAAGAAGAAGAAGAAGAAGAAGAAGAGUCGUGUGAAGAGGGAGUAGAAACACAAGAAGCUCCUACUGAAGGUACCUUCAUCGAUCCUUUGGAAGAAUCGGAUAACAAUAAUGAAGAAAAAGAAGAAGAAGAAGAAGAAGAAGAAGAAGAUACAGGUCCUAAAGGUCCUACGUAUUUUGAAGAAAUCAACAAGGUAAUGGAAUCAGCUCCCAAAGGAAUCAAUCUCCGUAUCAAUGACGAUUCGGUGGAGGAUCUUCGACGAAUCAAAGAGGACUUGGAAGCAGCCAUUCCCAGUGAUCUCAAAAAGAAAGCGUACUUUAUAAAUGUGAAUCGAAAGCCGGAAAUCACAGCGAUUCGAAGCCAGCUUCCAGUGUGUGCAAUGGAACAGGAGAUCAUGGAAGCGGUCAAUUACCACGACGUGGUUAUUAUUUGCGGAGAAACGGGAAGUGGAAAAACGACUCAGGUUCCUCAGUUUUUGUAUGAAGCUGGCUAUGGAGCCGAUGAAAGUGGCCAUCCAGGAAUGAUCGGAAUCACGCAGCCUCGUCGUGUCGCCGCUGUUUCCAUGGCGCGUCGUGUCGCUGACGAACUGAAUAGCACGUGCGAUGGGAAAGGACUUGUGGGAUAUCAGAUCCGAUACGAUCAUCACACGGUGGGUCCCAACACGAAAGUGAAAUUCAUGACUGAUGGUAUUCUGCUGAAAGAAAUCCAAUCUGAUUUCAUUCUUCGCUCCUACAGUGCGAUUCUAUUGGAUGAAGCUCACGAACGCAACCUCAAUACGGAUCUUCUUCUUGGAUUGCUCUCUCGCAUUAUCCCUCUGCGUUCACAGCUCUAUUCGGAAGGCAAAGUGAAAUCGAAGCUGAAACUCAUCAUCAUGUCCGCCACACUGAAAGUCGAAGACUUCAAAAACCCCGUUCUUUUUCCUACAACGCCUCCGAUCAUUCAUGUGCAAGCGCGAAUGUACCCCGUCGGCGUUCACUUUGCGAAGAAGACCGAAAUGGACGAUUAUGUGGGCGCUGCCUAUAAGAAGGUCGUUCAGAUUCAUAAGCGACUUCCUGAUGGAGGCAUUCUCGUGUUUUUAACUGGGCAGCAAGAAAUCGAAACGUUGUGUCGCAAGUUAAACUCGAAGUGGGAAUUCUCUCCGACGGCGGUGGCAAAGCGAAAGAAAGAAUUGAAGGAGCGUAAUGAAGGAGAAGACGAGCCAGAAUCAAUGAUCAUCCAGCCAACAAAACUUCCAAACGGCGAAGAAGACGUGACUGUCGACCAUUUAGCCGUGUACGAAGAAGAUUCUGACAUCGAAGAAGAAGGCGAAGUGCCUUUCGAGAAAGGCCCCGAUGCGUUCUACGACGACAUUAGCCAAUCCACUGCUCCGAUGCACGUGCUCCCUCUCUAUUCAUUGCUGGACGAGAAGAAGCAGCUUCGGAUUUGGGACCCCAUUCCAGAAGGCGAGCGACUGGUUGUGGUGGCGACGAACGUCGCUGAAACGAGUAUCACGAUCCCCAACAUCAAAUACGUCGUCGAUUGCGGCCGCGCCAAAGAGAAAGUGUGGGAGAAAGAGACUGGAAUCUGCGAGUAUAAAGUGCAGUGGAUCUCGCAAGCGUCUGCAGAGCAGCGUCAGGGCCGCGCUGGUCGCGUAGCGCCCGGGCAUUGCUAUCGACUGUACUCCGCAGCGGUGUUCCAGCAGCAGUUCCCGGUCUGGGACACGCCGGAAGUGUGCCGAACGCCGCUGGAGGACACGGUGCUUCUGAUGAAAGACAUGGGGAUCAAGAACGUGGAGUCGUUCCCCUUCCCUACGCAGCCGGACGCUGCGUCGCUGCACGCGGCUGUGGAGAUUCUGCGCGCGUUGGGAGCAGUGGACGGGUCGAAGGACGAGAUCACGGUACUGGGGAAGGAAAUGAUGAAAUACCCGGUGGGAGUGCGAUACGCGAAGAUGAUCGUGCUGGCGAGGGAGAGAGAAAACGUGCUGCCGCUGGUGGUGGGAAUCAUCGCGGCGCUGACGGGACGAACGCCGAUAAUCCGACCGGAAGAAUUGUUAAUGCGGGAGAAUGGAAACGAAAACAAUGAAAACAAUGGAAACAAUGGAAAUGAAAAUGAAAAUGAAAACAAGGAGGAUGAAAAUGAAAACAAGGAGGAUGAAAUGGAGAUCGAGAACGAGACGACCGAUCCAACAGAAGAGAACGAAGAAUUGAAGAAAUGUCGAGAGUCUCUUCUGUUGUGGAGAGACGCUUCUUCGGACGCCCUUUCUUCGCUUCGUCUUCUCGGCGCUUUUCUCCACACAAACACGCCUUCUCUAUUCUGCAAAGAGCACUUCCUUCGCGAGAAAUCAAUGCGUGAAAUGGUCGAUCUCCGAAAACAAAUCAACCGCCUUCUCAUCUCGCAGCAGCCUUCCCUCAGCGCCGUUCUCUCAAAGCCUCUCGUUCCCCCAACCUCCAAACAAGCGACGAUUCUUCGACAGAUCGUCGCGGCGGGGUUUAUCGAUCACGUCGCGCGAAGAAUGACGCCUUCGGAAGCACGUGAUAUCGAUAUCCCGCGGGGAAAAGUCCCGUAUCUCACAACGACUCUCAAUGAACUCACGCCUGCUUUUAUUCAUCGAGAAAGCUUUGUGCUUCCAAUCAAAACGAGUGACUACGUGAGAGUUGGAAUCGUGUUUUUUAUGAAUAGGACAAAUAUCCGGACUAUUUUGUGUUCCAAGAUAUGGUUCAAAAGAAAGGAAGGUAGGAAUUGCAGCGUUACAACGAUUAACAAAUCCUGGCUUCCGAGUCUUUCAGGCGAAGGUCCUCUCUGUGUUUAUUCUUCGCCUCUCGAAACGCCGCAACCGUUUUAUGAUCCAAAGAAAGAGGAGAUGAUGUGUUAUGUGAUCCCGCGGUUUGGUUCGCAUCUCUGGGAAUUGUCUGCGUAUUGUCGCAAGUUCCCGCAGUCGGAUCCCUCGAUUUAUAAAUGGUUUGGAAAGCAGCUGCUGGAGGGAAAGGUCAUUCCGGAGUUUGCGAUUUUGGUCUCGUUUUAUUCGUCUUCUCCGGCCAUGUUGACCAAACCCCAGCUUCCGAUUAAAGGAAUGGCGCUGCUGAACGCGUUGCAAAGAGAGAAGGUUGUGACGCGAACGAGUUUGCUGAAGAUUUGGGAGCGGAAUAGGAUCUUUUUGAAGGCGGAGCUGACUGCGUGGGUGCUGCCUCGCUAUCUGGAUAUUCUCACCACGAUUUGGCCGUAUAUUAUUGUUGGAAAGAGUGUGCCAGACUCCAUUUUGGAUGCGAUUAAAGUGAAGUAUGAUGUAAAAUAG